CGCCGCGCCGCGCGCCCUGCUCCCUCCGUGGCCCCGGCGCCCCGGACGCCGCUGGCCCGCGUCCCCGCUCGGAAUGAAGGUGUUCCGCAGGAAGGCGCUGGUGUUGUGCGCGGGCUACGCACUGCUGCUGGUGCUCACCAUGCUCAACCUCCUGGACUACAAGUGGCACAAGGAGCCGCUGCAGCAGUGCAACCCCGACGGGCCGCUGGGUGCCGCAGCGGGGGCCUCCGGGGGCGGCUGGGGACGCCCGGGGCUGCCUCCUGCCGCGCCCCCGCGCGCCCACACGCGUCUGGACCCGCGCACCUCGUACCGCUCUCCCGCUGCCGCCGCCGUCGGGCCAGCGCCCGCAGCCGCAGCCAGGGUGGUGAGGGCAGAGGCCCCCCCGGGAAACGGCACUCGGGGCACCCGCGGCGGCGGGGACAAGCGGCAGCUGGUGUAUGUGUUCACCACGUGGCGCUCGGGCUCGUCCUUCUUCGGCGAGCUCUUCAACCAGAAUCCGGAGGUGUUCUUUCUCUACGAGCCAGUGUGGCACGUGUGGCAAAAACUGUACCCGGGGGACGCUGUCUCCCUGCAGGGGGCAGCGCGGGACAUGCUGAGCGCGCUGUACCGCUGCGAUCUCUCGGUUUUCCAGCUGUAUAGUCCCGCGGGCAGCGGGGGGCGCAACCUCACCACGCUGGGCAUCUUCGGGGCAGCCACCAACAAGGUGGUGUGCUCCUCGCCGCUGUGCCCGGCUUACCGUAAGGAGAUCGUAGGGCUAGUGGAUGACAGAGUGUGUAAGAAGUGCCCACCUCAGCGCCUGGCACGCUUCGAGGAGGAGUGCCGCAAGUACCGCACGCUGGUUAUCAAAGGCGUGCGUGUCUUCGACGUGGCGGUGUUGGCGCCACUGCUUCGAGACCCAGCCCUGGACCUAAAGGUCAUCCACCUGGUGCGUGAUCCCCGUGCAGUAGCCAGCUCACGCAUCCGCUCACGCCACGGCCUCAUCCGAGAGAGCCUGCAGGUGGUACGCAGCCGGGACCCACGAGCCCAUCGUAUGCCUUUCCUGGAAGCCGCUGGCCACAAGCUGAGUGCCAAGAAGGAGGGCAUGGGCGGCCCGGCAGACUACCAUGCACUUGGCGCUAUGGAGGUCAUAUGCAACAGCAUGGCCAAGACCCUGCAGACAGCCCUGCAGCCCCCUGACUGGCUACAGGGCCACUACCUGGUGGUGCGGUACGAGGACCUGGUGGGAGACCCGGUGAAGACACUACGGAGAGUGUACGACUUUGUGGGGCUGCUAGUGAGUCCUGAAAUGGAGCAGUUUGCCCUGAACAUGACCAGUGGCUCCGGCUCCUCUUCCAAGCCUUUCGUGGUGUCGGCACGCAAUGCCACGCAGGCCGCCAACGCCUGGCGGACCGCCCUCACCUUCCAGCAGAUCAAACAGGUGGAGGAGUUCUGCUACCAGCCCAUGGCGGUGCUGGGCUACGAGCGGGUGAACAGCCCGGAGGAGGUCAAAGAUCUCAGCAAGACUCUUCUUCGGAAGCCCCGGCUCUGAGAAGGGUUCCCCGGAGAUCUGGCGCCCUGUAAAUUCUACGGGCAACGAGGAUUGUGGUGUGUUUAAACAAACGCAGCGCAGACCCAAACUGAGAAACCCACAUAUUCUAUUAUAGAUGUAUAAUAUAAGUAACCACACAGGCACUUGCUGUCCAUGUUUCCAGUCAGUGAAUUUCAAGGAACACACGCACACACGCACACCCCCGUCAGAAAAGGCAAGACUUGAAAGUUCUGACUAGUUGCCCCUGCUCUCCUGACCCCUGCACCUCCCUUGCCCGUCGUAUCCCCGUUUCUUACCCUUUCCCGAACCCGCCUUCAUGCUGAAGUGGAAUGUUGAUGAAAUCAAGUUCCAGUAACCCAAAUCUUGUUUACAAAAUUUUCGUGGUAUCUGUGAACAUGUAAGAGUAAUUUGGAUGUGGGGGUGGGUUGGGGUGGAGAGAGGGAAGUGGUCCAGGAACACGAAGCCCUGUUGGGCAGGGUAAACCAAGGAGGCAUUCUUCUAAAGUAGACUUUUGUGUUAAAAACAAAGGUUACAUGUGAGUAUUAAUAAAGACGGUAAUAAAUAAUAUUCUUUUUUAUAUUGGCCUCCAUUACUUGGGAAUUUACUUGCGUUAUUUGUGCCCUGUCGCUUAGAUAGAAUCUAGCGCUCUCCUCGAGGACAGCUGAACUGGGAGAAGCUUCUGGCUUCUUGAUGAUAACCUGGAAGUUGUUUUCUGACAUGAAAAUCACGUUCUGCCAGGUGUCCAGGAAGGGAACAAAUCUUAAAGCCCAUCAGGGCAGUGGAAGAAAAAGCACACUCGGCUUCCCUGUCGAACUUGGAGUUACAGAAGGGAAGAAGUGUGCCCUUGGUAGGAAGGCGUUUGGCUUUGAUUACUACUGUGUAUCGUUAAUGCAGAGAACCUGGAGGCAGAGGCGAAUGCUUUUGUCCUGAGGUUGAUUCAAAGAAAAGAUUUUUCUAAAAAGUAUGUGAUUUUUUUUAAAAGUUCUGAUGAUUAGAACACAAGCCUCAAAAAUUAGUGUGAAGGUAUUGUUGGUGAUGGUAGCAACUUCUUGGCUGGCAAAAUGACAGAAGUAUCUGGAGUGUUUUUCUGUGAGACACAGUAGGCAGACAUGAAAGCAGGGUAAUUUUAGCUGAGAAUCAGGAACAUUUAACAGGGUUUUUCUCUUCUUUGCUAUCUAUUCAAAUUAAUGCAAAAGAGAAUAUGAAUUUGUAAUGGUUUACUUGGGAUGCCCUUGGGAUAUAUUGCUUUAUCAUGUUUCCUAAAAGCAAACUUGUGAAGGAAAUAACAUGAUGCAGACAGAGUAAGGCUUCAGCCAAGAGCUUCUUUUAGAUAUGAAAAUGGAUUAUGGGAAAAAGGAAGUAAAAGUAAAUUAAUGUGUAGGGUUUUGAAAUUUGGUACUUUUCAGGGAGAAAACUGUUGAAUUUUCCUGUGGUGAUUAUGUUAUCGCUGGGUCUGCAUUCAUAUUGCAUUGAAGCAUUCUGCAGAAUGUCUUACUAUGAUAAAUUCUGAAGCCCAAAUAGGAGUCAGAGACAGUAUAGUUGCGCAUUACAUUAAAUAUGGUACGAGUAAUGUUCAUUACAUUAAAUGUGGUACAAGUUCAGUGUCAUCAUGGCUUUAUUUUACUAUAAUUUAUUCUAAGAAGUUACAGUAAUAAACCAUUUAUUAUAUCACAAA